GACUCCUAAAAAUGGCACGAACGAAACAAACAGCUCGAAAGUCCACCGGGGGGAAAGCCCCAAGGAAGCAGUUAGCCACCAAAGCGGCAAGAAAGAGUGCUCCAGCAACCGGCGGAGUGAAGAAACCGCAUAGAUACAGACCGGGGACUGUAGCUUUGCGAGAAAUCCGACGCUACCAGAAGAGUACGGAACUUCUCAUCAGAAAGCUGCCGUUUCAACGUCUUGUUCGAGAGAUAGCUCAAGACUUCAAGACGGAUCUCCGGUUCCAGAGCUCUGCGGUCAUGGCGUUACAGGAAGCUAGUGAAGCGUACCUAGUAGGCCUGUUUGAGGACACGAAUUUGUGUGCGAUACACGCCAAGCGGGUCACCAUCAUGCCGAAAGAUAUCCAGUUGGCUAGAAGAGUCCGUGGCGAGAGAGCUUGA